CUUUUGCGCAUGCGCGUACUUUCUCGUGUGUUUGCAGUUUCAUUUUUAAUCUGACGCUGUAAAUAUCGCUCUAAAUAAUGCCAGGAUACUGUUGUGUUCUGGAAUGUACAUCGUCAACAGGAGGUCAUUCUUUCCGAAAGACACAAAGCAAAGUUACCAGUGGAGAGUUGCCAUCAGGAGGGUUGAUUCUACAUCAAAAACACUAUGGAAACCAAAGGCACAUGACAAAGUCUGUUUCCUCCACUUUCGUGAGGAAGAUUACACUUCUACAUGAGAGAAAAAGACUGAAGCCAGGAACGAUACCAUAUUUCCAUUUAAUAAAGUGAAAGACGUACUAUCAUCAGCCGUCUAGCUAAACGCUGCGAAGAAUCAGAUCCGGUGACAGUAGGCCUACUAACAGCUCCUGAUUAUAUUCAUGGAGGUUGAGUCUCAAGCAGAUGAAGCAGUGGAAGACAAACAUGAAGACUGCCCUGCUGAGAGCCAAAAAGAAAGUACAGCUUCCCAGUGUGAUAUCAGUACAUCAUCAGACACAAGAGAAAGCAUCAUGCUGUACCAGCAAAAUGCAAAGGCUGUCCAGUAUCUAACUGGAUUUAGUCAUUUUGAACACUUCAUGUUGUUUUUCAAUUGCCUUGGACCAGCAGCUCACUGCUUGAAUUUCAAAUGUUUGUCACCAGAGGACCAGUGUUUUUUGACCAUUAUGCAUUUUGACCGUUUCAAGCUAUCGGUAACAACGGUGUCAGAAAUAAAACGCACAUGGAUCAACUUUGUUUUUCCAGCUCAGUGAAAUGAACAUUUAGCCAGAACGUGACAUUGUUGACGACUAUAUGCCUGUAAAAUUUAAGAAAUAUGGAGUAUUGACUUCAUGGGUAAACAAGAGUGACUGGCAUAAUUUGUCCUUGUCUUUCGGUUGCAUUCAAA